UUAUUGAGUCGGAAGGAUAAAGCCACAUUUGAAAAGUUGGAGUAUGUUAUGAGUAAAGAAGAUAAUUACAAAAGGCUUAGAGACUAUAUCAGCAGCUUGAAGAUGACUCCUUGUAUUCCCUAUUUAGGUAUUUACCUGUCAGACUUAACAUACAUUGACUCUGCCUACCCAUCGACAGGGAGCAUUUUGGAAAGUGAACAGAGAACAAAUUUAAUGAACAACAUUCUUCGAAUUAUCUCAGACUUACAGCAGUCGUGUGAAUAUGAUAUUCCUCUGUUGCCUCAUGUUCAAAAAUACCUGAACUCAGUUCAAUAUAUAGAAGAGCUACAAAAGUUUGUAGAAGAUGACAAUUACAAACUUUCAUUAAAGAUAGAACCAGGGACCAGCACCCCACACUCUGCUGCUUCCAGAGAAGAUUUAGUAGGCUCUGAAGUUGGAGCGUCUCCACAGAGUAGACGGAAAAAUGUUGCAGCUGAAGGAGCCUUGCUACCACCAACACCCCCUUCGCCCAGGAACCUGAUACCACAUGGACAUAGGAAAUGUCACAGUUUGGGAUACAAUUUCAUACACAAAAUGAAUACAACUGAAUUUAAAAGCGCAACAUUCCCCAAUGCAGGACCAAGGCACCUACUGGAUGACAGCGUCAUGGAGCCUCAUGUCCCAUCCCGAGGGCAGGCAGAAAGCUCUACCCUUUCUAGUGGAAUUUCAAUAG